AAGAGUUAAUUUAAUUAUUAGGUAUAUAAACAAAUAUUUAAUUAGUCUAAUAUAAUGGAUGAAGAAUUGGGUGAACUAACUGAAAAUGAUUUCAUUGUUCCACCCAUAAAAUAUGAAUAUUUGGAUCAUACUGCUGAUGUUCAGCUACAUGCUUGGGGUGAUAGUCUUAAAGAAGCAUUUGAACAAUGUGGUAUGGCAAUGUUUGCCUAUAUGACAGAGAUGGAGUAUGUUCAAAUCAGAGAAGUGCACACCAUAGAGGCAAAUGCAGAUGACAUGAUGGGACUUCUCUAUCAUUUUCUAGAUGAACUGUUAUUUCUCUUCUCAGCUGAACCGUUUCUGAUUUGUAAGAAGUUAGUCAUAACCGAGUUCAAUACGGAAGAAUUUCGGAUAGUAUGCAAAUGCUAUGGUGAAGAGUUUAAAAUCGGCACACAUCCUCAAGGGACUGAAGUCAAAGCAAUUACAUAUUCAGCAAUGCAAAUAAUUGAUGAACCCAAAGAUCAUAAGUUUGAAGUUUUUGUUAUUAUUGAUAUUUGAGAUUAUCAUAAUAUACUAUU